GGCGAAAGUGUGCCGCGUAUAUAAGGCCAGGAAUCGACGGCAAUCAGCAUCCAGUUCACUUCUGGACGCACCUGGAAUAUCGUGAGAAGAAAAAUGAGAAUCCUGAUUCACGUGGCAAUUGCCGCCUUCGUGGUCGCGACAGCGUUGUCGGAGGAGACCGCGAAAGCCGAAGAGAAAUCAGUGGAGAAGUCCGAGAAGAAGCAAGAGAAGCGUGGCCUGCUGGGUCUUGGCUACGGUUAUGGCUAUGACGGCGGAUACAAUAUCGGGUCCGGUGGACACGUUGGCCUCGAUUUGAGUAGUGGAUAUGGUGGAUAUGGUGGAUAUGGUGGACAUGGUGGAUACGUAAGCGGAGGAUACGACGGUGGUCAUCACGAACAUGUGAAGACCGUGACCUUGGUGAAGAACGUCGCCGUGCCUUACCCUGUGGAGAAACACGUACCUUACCCCGUAGAGAAGCAUGUGCCCUACCCCGUCAAAGUGCCCGUGCCACAACCGUAUCCUGUUGAGAAGCACGUGCCUUAUCCAGUCAAGGUCUAUGUAAAGGUGCCUGUUCACGUGCCCCAGCCAUAUCCGGUGGAGAAGAAGGUCCCUUAUCCCGUUCACGUACCUGUCGAUCGUCCUUAUCCGGUCAAGGUCUUAGUACCGCAGCCGUAUCCCGUAGAGAAGCACAUUCACGUUCCGGUAAAAGUACCAGUGCCACAGCCGUACCCAGUCGAAAAGCCAGUUCCGGUACCGGUGAAAGUCCCGGUCCACGUACCGCAACCCUACCCAGUUGAGAAACUCGUACCAUAUCCCGUCAAAGUCCCAGUCGAUCGUCCCAUCCACGUGCCCGUUCCCAAGCCCUACCCAGUACACAUUGAAAAGCCUGUACCUUAUCCAGUUGAAAAGCCAGUGCCCUACCCCGUUAAGGUUCCAGUUGACAGACCGUACCCGGUUCCAGUCGAAAAGCCUGUGCCAGUCGCGGUCAAGGUACCAGUACCACAACCGUAUCCAGUCGAGAGGCCUGUACCUUAUCCAGUUGAAAAGCAUGUGCCCUACCCUGUUAAGGUUCCAGUCGACAGGCCGUAUCCCGUUCAUAUUGAAAAACAUGUGCCCUAUCCAGUAGAGAAGCCCGUACCGUACCCAGUUAAAGUGCCGGUGGCUGUACCCGUGCAUCACGAACCCGUGCAUCAUGAACCCGCACACGGCUAUUACUCCAGUGGAUACGAGAGUAGCGAUUUAGGCUAUGAUCAUCAUUAAACUCACAAGUUCUCGGUUUUUCGUUUGUCGUUGAGAGAAAAAACUUCAUCACGACGACGAAUCACCGCGAGGAUCUUGUCUUUAGGAGAUACGAAGAUACCAAUCCGAAAACUUUGUCGUGCGGCGCCGUGAUAUCCGCUUUGUACCUGGAUUGGAUCGAGGACGAUCUCCGAUAGACAAUCGCAUACCGGAUUAUUGUACCUCGAGUUCGAUCGUAAUAAGAUCGCGACACGGCGACGUGUGCCAGUUAAGAAGAACGAACAAACCAGUAAGGAUGUACUCAUCUUCAGCGAUCUUCGCUCGAGAGCAACACGCUUGUCUUACUUUUGUACCGAUAUUAGCAAAAUAUGUAUUUUUUUACAGAAAAAUAAAAUAAAAAUUAUUGUAAAGAGUA